AUGUCGCCUCGAUUGAACUGCACGCCAAAGCUGCGCCACCACAUCGAGGAGCUCCUCCGUCGCGAUACCGCCAGACACUUCCAGUCGGUGGACGAAUGUGCGCUGCGUCGUCGUGUAGAUGCCUACUACUUGCCCAUGUUCCGCUGGACGAUAGAGGUCGUGGAGGCUGCGCAGAAAAGAAGACUGGGCGAGGCCACACGCUGCGUGUGUAUCGGUCUGAGCUGUCCACAAGGCGGAGGAAAGACGACAAUGUCCAUGUACAUGCAAGAGGCGCUGGCGCUCGCUGGAAUGAAAUGUGCCGUCAUGUCGCUGGACGAUGUGUACUGGAAGCACGAGGACCAAGUGGCUCUGGCGAACGCCAAUCCAGCCAAUCCGCUGCUUCAAUAUCGCGGCAAUCCCGGCACAAUGGACGUACCGCUGCUGAUGGACACAAUCUGGAAGUGUCAAACCUCCCAGAGCGAAGUGGCGCUACCCCGAUAUGACAAGUCCAAGCACAACGGCCGCGGUGAUCGUGCCCCUCUUUCCGAGUGGGAUCGCAAACGAUGUCCGUUGGAUGUGCUACUGAUUGAAGGCUGGUGCAUGGGUUUCCAAGCGAUCAAGACCUCCAGUCCCAAGCUGAGUGAGCACCUGAAGGUCGUGAAUGACGAGUUGCACGCCUUUGGCAAAGUGUACGAGGAACUGGACGGCCUCAUCGUGAUCAAGAUCGACGAUCUCGACUGGGUAUACGAAUGGCGUGAGCAGCCAGAACGGCUCCUGCGGGAAGCCAACAGACCAGCCCUGACGUCCGACGAAGUGCGCGACUUUGUGCAUCGCUUCAUGCCGGCGUACAAAACGUACCUCCCGGAGCUUUACGCCGACCCGAAAGACUCGUCGUCUCGUUUAGCUACGAUUCCGCGGCUCGUGUUCUCCGUCUCAGCCACGCGGGAGCCAGUGGACGAGCCAAUGGAGUUCAACUUUACGUCCAAGGCGUUACAAGAGGGUUUGCUUGUGCUUCACUGA